AUGCAUCACGCGGCGCUCGAAGUACAUGAUCCUUUGGACACUAUCGGCCGACACACGUGCUCACGUACCCUCCCUAUUAAGGGAGAAGACACCUACGCACCGGACAGCAAUGACGUCAUGAUAGAUGGGGUCACGUGGCUGGACAAUGACGCAAUCAUCGCUGAUUACAGCACGCGCCGCUGUCCAAUAUCUGAAGUCCUGGAUGCUCCAGAAGUGGUGGAGUAUCAUGUUCUCGGUGGUAUUCUUCCUGAAUUUGGAGGGCACAGUUAUAGUGUUAUUAAUUAACCUCUAUAUAAAGUAUGUUAGUCUGCAGAAGAGAGAGCUUAAGAAACGUUUUGUUUUGUAUUAACAUUUGGAGAGGAGAUAUU